AACUCUUCUCGGCCAGGGCGAGGGGCAGCGGAGACUCACCGGCGCUUGGCCGGGAGGAGACGGAGCGGGUGCCCGGAGACGCCAGGGAGGAGGAGGAGGCAGGAGUCUGUCUUGGCAAAAUGCCGGGCGGCAACCCUCCUGAGCGCAGGGCCAGGAGAAGCGCCGAGGAGCGGCAGCCUUUGGCCCCGGACAGCCUUGGGGCAGAAGCGGGCGCCUGGGGCGUCUCCUUGACCGACGGCCAGAAAGCGCCGCGAGCGCCAGGCAAAGGUUCCCGGGAGGAAGGGCGCACCGGCAAGCUGAGGGGAGCGGGAGGCGCCGGAGAAGAGUGGAGGUUGAGCAGCACGACCUUUGCCCUGGCCGGAGACUCGGCCCACAACCAAGCCAUGGUGCACUGGUCCGGCUACAACAGCAGUGUGAUUCUCAUUCUUACAAAGCUGUAUGACUUCAACUUGGGAAGUGUUACCGAAAGCUCACUCUGGAGGUCCACAGAUUAUGGGACUACUUAUGAAAAACUAAACGACAAGGUGGGACUGAAAACAGUGCUGAGUUACCUUUACGUCAGUCCUACUAAUAAGAGAAAGAUAAUGCUCUUGAGUGAUCCUGAGAUUGAAAGUAGCAUACUGAUCAGUAACGACGAAGGCGCCACCUAUCAAAAAUAUCGGCUCAGCUUCUACAUCCAGAGCCUGCUGUUCCAUCCUAAGCAAGAGGACUGGAUUCUAGCAUACAGCCUUGACCAAAAGCUUUAUAGCUCUAUGGAUUUUGGAAGAAGAUGGCAGAUUAUGCAUGAACGGAUUACUCCGAACAGAUUUUACUGGUCCGUCACAGGUUUGGACAAGGAGCCUGACCUUGUACACAUGGAGGCUCGCACGACAGAUGGACAUGCCCAUUAUAUAACCUGUAGGAUUCAAGAAUGUUCAGAGACUACCAAAAGCGGACCUUUUUUGCACUCUAUUGACACAAGCUCUCUUGUCGUCCAGGAUGAGUACAUCUUCAUUCAGGUGACAACUGGUGGAAGAGCAAAUUACUAUGUGUCCUACAGAAGGGAACCCUUCACGCAAAUAAAAUUGCCCAAGUACUCACUACCAAAGGACAUGCAUAUUAUCAGCACAAAUGAGAAUCAGGUGUUUGCGGCAGUUCAGGAAUGGAACCAGAAUGACACAUACAACCUUUACAUCUCUGACACCCGAGGGAUCUACUUCACCCUAGCCUUGGAGAACGUCAAGAGCAACCGAGGGUUAGAGGGUAAUGUCGUCAUUGACCUUUAUGAGGUAGCAGGGAUCAAAGGCAUAUUCCUGGCUAACAAGAAAGUGGAGGACCAAAUUAAGACUUUCAUCACCUACAACAAAGGGAGAGAUUGGCGUUUGCUGCAGGCUCCAGAUUCAGAUCUGAGAGGAGACCCCAUACACUGUCUGCUGCCCUUCUGUUCCUUGCAUUUGCAUUUGCAAAUCUCAGAAAACCCCUAUACUUCAGGCAGCAUCUCGAGCAAAGAGACAGUUCCUGGACUUCUGGUUGCUACAGGCAAUGUGGGUCCAGAAUUAUCAUACACAGAUGUUGGCAUGUUUGUUUCUUCAGAUGGAGGAAACUCCUGGAGACAGAUCUUUGAAGAAGAGUACAAUGUGUGGUUCCUUGACUGGGGUGGAGCACUUGUAGCCAUGAAACAUACGUCAAUGCCCAUUGUCCAUUUGUGGGUGAGUUUCGAUGAAGGAAGGACCUGGAAUAAAUAUGGCUUCACAUCAAAACCUCUCUUUGUGGAUGGGUCCCUCGUGGAGCCAGGCAUAGAAUCACAGAUAAUGACGAUCUUUGGCCAUAUUAAUCUCCGCUCUGAAUGGCAGCUAGUAAAAGUAGAUUACAAAUCUUUCUUUAGCCGGAGGUGCAACAAGGAUGACUUUCAGACGUGGCAUCUGCACAACCAGGGUGAACCUUGUGUUAUGGGAGAGAGGAAGAUCUAUAAGAAACGCAAAGCAGGGGCCUGGUGUGCACUGACUAAGGAUUAUUCAAGAACAGUUGUUUCAGAACCUUGCAUAUGUGCUGAAUGGGACUUCGAAUGUGACUAUGGGUACGAAAGACACAGUAAUAAUCAAUGUAUCCCAGCAUUCUGGUUCAGCCCAUCCUCCCAACUGAAAGAAUGCAGCCUUGGACAGAGCUACCUGAACAGCACUGGGUAUCGGAGGAUUGUUUCAAAUAACUGCACGGAUGGACUGCGGGAAAAGUAUGCUGCCAAGCCUGGACAGUGCCCAGGCAAAGCUCCCCGAGGUCUGCAUAUCCUCACAUCCAAUGGCAAGUUGGUUGCGGAACAAGGGUUCAACACAACCUUCAGAAUCCUCAUGGAAGAGGGUGAUCUCCAGAGAACAAAUAUCCAACUAGAUUUUGGAGAUGGUACUGCUGUGUCCUAUGCUAAUUUCAGCCCUAUAGAGGAUGGUAUCCGACACAUUUAUAAGAGCACUGGGAUCUUCCAAGUGACGGCCUAUGCAGAAAACAACCUGGGUUCUGAUCUGGCAGCACUCUUCCUGCAUGUGAUCUGUCCAGUAGAGCGUGUUGAUUUGAGAGUUCCCUUUGUGGCCAUUAGGAAUAAGGAAGUAAAUAUCACAGCUGUGGUUUGGCCCAAUCAGUCGGGUACCCUCACGUACUUCUGGUGGUUCGGCAACAACACAAAGCCAUUCAUCACCUUGGACAGCAGCAUCUCUUAUACUUUUACUGCGGAAGGAAGGAAUACCGUCACAGUGCAGGUCUCAGCUGGCAGUGUCCUCAUCCAGGACACCAAGAACAUUGCUGUACAUGAAUAUUUCCAGUCUCAGUUAUUAUCAUUCUCUCCCAAUUUGGAUUAUCACAAUCCGGACAUACCUGAAUGGAGAGAGGAUAUUGGCAGAGUCAUCAAGAGAGCCUUGGUGCAAGUGACUGGCAUCCCUGAAGAGCAAGUUUUGGUGGCCGUGUUCCAUGGUUUGCCCACCUCUGCAGAGCUUUUCAUCCUGCCCCAUCAAAACACCUCUGAGAGAAGGAAAGGCAGCGAAGGUGACCUUGAGCUGGCUGUUGAAAUCCUCUUCAAUGCUUUGAAUCAGAACCUAGUCCAAUUUGAGCUGAAGCCUGGUGUGGAAGUCAUUGUGUAUGUUACUCAACUAACAUUAGCACCUCUCGUCGACUCUGGUGCCGGGCACAGCAGUUCAGCCAUGUUGAUGCUGCUGUCGGUGGUCUUUGUGGGCUUGGCCGUUUUUUUAAUCUACAAGUUUAAAAGGAAAAUCCCAUGGAUUAACUUCUAUGCUCAAGUCCAGCAUGACAAAGAACAGGAAAUGAUUGGUUCUGUCAGCCAAAGUGAAAAUGCCCCCAAGAUCACUCUGAGUGAAUUCACAGACCCUGAAGAACUCAUGGAUAAAGAGCUGGAUACACGGGUUAUAGGGAGCAUCUCAACGAUCUCCAACAGUGAAAGCACAAAGGAAAUACCCAACUGCACUAGUGUUUAAUACCAGGAAUACCACUUUGACUACAAAAUUUCUGAGUUUUUAUUUUUAAUUAAUAUUAUUAUUAUUAUUACAAAGGAAAUUCUAUGUCAUUAUGAUGACUAUUAUUAU